AUGGUGGCCCAGGCCCUGGAGCUGUCCCGGAAGCCGCACGUGGUGAUCGCCACGCCGGGCAGGUUGGCCGAUCAUCUCUGCAGCUCCAGCACCUUCAGCCUCAAGAAGCUCCGGUUCCUGGUGCUGGACGAGGCGGACCGGCUGUUCGAGCAGGGCAGCGCGGAUUUCAGCGCGGACCUGGAGGUGGUGCUGGGCGCCGUCCCCGCCCGCCGGCAGACGCUGCUGUUCAGCGCCACGCUGAGCCACGCGCUGCAGGAGCUGCAGAGCCUGGCGGGGAACAGACCCUUCUUCUGGGAGGCCGUGUCCGAGGUGAGGACAGUGGAUGAGUUGGACCAACGUUACCUGCUGGUGCCCGAGGCAGUGAAGGAUGCCUACCUUGUCCACCUGAUCCAGACCUUCCAGGACCAGCACCAGGACUGGUCCAUUAUCAUCUUCACUAAAACCUGCAAAGACUGCCAGGUCUUGAACAUGAUGCUUAGGAAAUACAAAUUUCCUUCUGUAGCCCUGCAUUCCAUGAUGAAACAGAAGCAACGAUUUGCAGCUUUAGCCAAGUUCAAGUCCAGCAUCUUUAAGAUCCUCAUUGCCACUGAUGUUGCUGCCAGAGGUUUGGACAUUCCCACAGUCCAAGUUGUCAUCAACCACAACACUCCUGGUCUGCCCAGAAUCUACAUCCACCGGGUCGGCCGGACGGCGCGGGCGGGUCGGAAGGGCAUGGCCAUCACGCUGGUGACACAGUACGACAUCCACCUGGUGCACGCCAUCGAGGAGGAGAUCAAGCUGCAGCUGCAGGAGUUCUCUGUGGAGGAGCAGCUGGUGCUGAACAUCCUCACCCAAGUGAACGUCACCAGGAGGGAAUGUGAAAUAGAACUGGAGGGAAUGGAUUUCGAUGAGAGGAAAGAAAUCAACAAGAGGAAACAAAUGAUCCUGGAAGGGAAGGACCCAGAUCUGGAGGCAAAGAGGAAGGCAGAGCUGGCCAAGAUCAGGAAGAAGAACAAGGAAUGUCGUGAGAAGCUCCAGCAGACGCUGCAGAGGAAGAAGCAGCUGAGGCUGAAGAGGAAACUGCAGAAGAGGAUGGAGCGGAGGAACAAACGGCUGGUGCAGGAGGAGAAGUAA